CUAAAUAAAAAAAGAAAUAUUUUGUUUGGAGUAAAAAAAUGGAGUAAUACAUUGGAGUAAAACCCAACUCCAUUUUGGAGUUACACCAUUUUGGAGUUACACCAAUUUGGAGUAAAAUUUGGAGUAAUACAUUGGAGAUGCUCUUAGCAUGAGUAAAAUCACUGACUUAGUUUCAAUAUCAAUAAUUUCCUUUGGAAUGUGUAACUUUUCUGUUUCUGAAAAAAUAAAAUACAUAUUUUAUUUUCGAGUUUUCCAUUUUAUAACUAUAUUUAAAAAAGUUCUAUUUAAUUGUUCAAUUCUACUGAUUAAUUUGCGCCUUCUAGUGGAUUGUUUCUAAUAAAUAAAUACAAUUCACAGUAUUUAUAAAAGAAAAAAAAUACAAUUCGCAGUAUGUUGAUGAAAAAACUCUUAUUCCUCUCCCACUCGCCCCACAAGAAAUCAUAUUUACUCACAAGCAAACCUGAUAUUUUCAUAACCACAGUAUCAUCACACCUAUAAAUUCAUUCAAUUAAUAGGUCUUAUUGAAAUUCAGUAACGGUCUUAAUGGGAACGGAAGAAACAAGUACAGGGUCAGUUUCUAAUAAUAAGUAGUUAUAUCAAAACCUAUACCACCAAAGUGGCUGUAGUUUAGUGGUAAGAAUUCCACGUUGUGGCCGUGGAGACCUGGGCUCGAAUCCCAGCAGCCACACAUAUUUUGUUUAAAAAACUUUUGGUCUUUUUUGUUUCUCGGAGUGUGACUCAACGUAAGCCUUUAUAGCCCAGAGCCAAUUAUCAGUGGUCCGUAGUCCGUACACUUACGUCUCUUUUUUUUGAACUUUAAUUAUUUGUAAUAGUUACUGCCAUAAAAUAUGAAAACUGGGAUGAUAUUUUAAAUUAUGAAAAUUGGAGAUGAUAAUUUAAACGAAAAAAUACAUUUCCAUGUUUUUCCAAACGAGUUUAAAUUAAAUAGUAUGUAUAGUAGUUAUAUAUAAUAGUCAUGACUCACGAGACAGAAAAAUAUAAUAAUAUACUGGUAUUUUUUUCCUAACCAGAAAUUUAAUGGCUACGAAAGCUUUUGUAAAUUUCACAUAGACUUAUACUUGAACAUACAGAAUUGCAACACGUGGACAAGGGCAAUUGGGACCCACUUAGGUGACGACAUCAUAUUUAGAAUCGGAAUGGCUUACGUGGAAACGCACCAGAAUCGUGUAGUAGAAGUCAAACGCAUCUAUUGCUCUAAGAUCAAAAGUAAACCUCAUCGAAGAAGUAACAUAGGAAGCGCACAACCGUUGGAUCAACAAGACAAAAAAACUUAACGAGGAGAAUAAACUUUCGACGGAUCAGAUUACAAGAGAUAUGAUCCACACGGUUGCAGCCUUGCAGGUGAUCACCUCACUCUUUAGCUUAAAAUUAAAUAACUCGAGAAGACACGUUCUUCUUCUUACGAAACCGACUUUGUAGUUUCUUCUUUUUUUCCAUUGCACAAAACGAAAAAACGACAAUAUAACCAAAAAAAAGAAAUUAAAAAUAAAUAUAAAUCGACUCGCGAUUUAUUUCUUUCUCAUUAGGUUUCUUGUUUCAGAUUUAUUAAUAUUGGAACAUGAACGAUCCAAUGAGAGAAACUGGAUUUUCUGGAGAAUCUGGCGAGAUCGUCUUCUCGGAGACGGAGAUGGCGGCGGCUGAACUGCUUAUGCAGCUGAGCGAAGAAGAAACGGGGAGCUGUAGCAGCAGCACCGGCGCAGGAGGAAUAGGAGAAGGAAGAGGACGCAAGAGAAGGCAUGAAGAUAUUAGCUCGAGAAUCGGAAACGAGCAAAAUGACGGCGUAAAAGGGAAUUUUGAUCUUGCCAUGAAGAUGAAGAAGAUGAAGGAAAAGAAGUUUCGAUCUCUCGAGAGUAUUUACAGAGCAACGAAGGAGAUUAGGGGUUAAUGGAAGAAAGAUGAUGGUUAAUUACGUUUGUUAAUCGUUUUUAGUAACCUGUUCAAUGGGUUUUUUCGUGUGAAUAUGUAUAGUGUGCUUUUUAAUCUAACGUUGGAGCUUGAGAAUUCGUGAUGAUAGUUUUUUGAAGCUUUUAAGAUGUAAAUUGUAAAAAGUAAUGAGAUGUUGUGAGAUUGAGAUACUUUUUUUUUCUUUACA